AGCACCGAGGCGCCCCCCAACCUGCCCAGCCCCCAGCCCACCAGCCCAGCCCAGCCCAGUCCCGGGGAGCCAGCCGGCCUGGGGUUUGGUCCCGGGGGGAGGGGGAGUUUCGGGGGUACCGGGCGGAGUAGUCGCGAGCCAGAGGGGAGGGGGCCGCGGGUUUUCAUGUACCCAGCAUGAGCUCCUACUUCGUCAACCCCCUGUUCUCCAAAUACAAAGGCGGCGAGUCCCUGGAACCGGCCUAUUACGACUGCCGGUUCCCUCAGAGCGUGGGCAGGAGCCAUGCGCUGGUGUACGGGCCCGGCGGCUCGGCGCCCGGCUUCCAGCACGCUUCGCACCAUGUCCAAGACUUCUUCCACCACGGCACCUCCGGCAUCUCCAACUCAGGCUAUCAGCAGAACCCGUGCUCGCUUAGCUGCCACGGAGACGCCUCCAAAUUCUAUGGCUACGAGGCGCUCCCCAGACAGUCCCUUUAUGGGGCUCAGCAAGAGGCGAGCGUGGUGCAAUAUCCCGACUGUAAAUCCUCCGCCAACACUAACAGUAGCGAAGGACAAGGCCACUUAAAUCAAAACUCGUCUCCCAGCCUCAUGUUUCCAUGGAUGAGACCCCACGCUCCGGGGAGGCGCAGUGGACGGCAAACUUACAGCCGGUAUCAGACCUUGGAACUAGAAAAGGAGUUUCUCUUUAAUCCUUAUUUGACACGAAAGCGUCGGAUUGAAGUCUCUCAUGCCCUGGGACUGACCGAGAGACAAGUGAAGAUCUGGUUCCAGAACCGAAGGAUGAAGUGGAAAAAGGAGAACAACAAGGAUAAACUGCCGGGAGCCCGAGAUGAGGAAAAGGUGGAGGAAGAAGGAAAUGAGGAAGAGGAGAAAGAAGAGGAGGAAAAGGAAGAAAACAAGGACUAAGCAAAAAAGAGAGACCCCCCCUUUAGCAACUCCCUUGAAGUUUCGUUUUAUGGUAGCAGAUAAAUUGAGAAGUUUACGACUGUCAUUUGCUUUUAUAGAGAAUGGAAUGACACUCACAACUCUAACUACCUGUCAGAUACUUGCAGCUCUGGUUUUAUUACCUUUGGACUUCCCCCUUCUUUAUUUGUUUGGGGGCUGGAGGGGGGAGACCGAGACACAGCGAAAAGUUCGGACUCUCUGUCUCACUCCUUGCCCCACACACACUUGUCCCUGCCCCCACCCUUCUGAGUCCUUCCUGGAUUUUAAGGUCUGAGACCUGGUCUCUGUGCUCCUGGGUCUGUCUUUUGCCACACUCCCACCUCCCUGCUUCUCUGGUAUUUA